AUGCCGAUCACGCUGUUUGAAACGCUCCCUAACGAACUUCUGCAUAUCGUGUAUUCGCAUCUGACCGGUUUCGAAAUUCACCGAGCAUUCAGCGAUCUAAACGCUCGAUUGACUGGUGUUAUAAGCGACUAUACCAAACAUUUCGAUUUAACUCAAAUGAAAUUCCAACAGUUUGAAGAAUGCUGUCGAGUGUUACUUGAAUCAGAUCGAGGAGCACAAAUACAAUCACUUUGCCUUUCGAACAGAAGACCAGUAGUCAAUGAAAUUGCUUUAUUUUUAACGAAACUACGACCAUUACAUGAAAGACUGCCCAAUCUGCAAUGUUUGAAAUUAUUCGGUGCUACCACUACAGAAUUAAUGCAAUAUUUACCCAACACAAUUUUGCUUCAGAAGUUAACAAAACUUUCGAUCGAAUCUAAGGAAAAAUAUACGACUGACAAUACCGACCGGAUGUUUUUCGAAGAUUUAGUCAAGAAUCUCGGUCCAAUACAACAACUAUCUUUGAAAGGCAUCCGUCUCAGAAACAUUUCUCAAUUCAAAUGGCUAAACAACACAGUUACACACUUAAAUAUUGAUAUAGAAAGAAUAGCAGAAUUGAUUUCUAUUCUUCAUAUCUUUCGUAAUCUCGAGUAUUUAAGUGUAAAUGUAGUUGCCACUAAUGAUACCUAUCAAGUUCAAUGCGAUGAUGUUGUUCCUGCAUUACAAGUGAAAGAAUUUCGGUUGAAAUCAUUUGACAGUAUAUCUCUUCCAACAUUUGAUGAUUUGGUGUUUUCAUUAAAUCUAAUGCCGAAUUUACAUUCAUUCAAAUGUCAACUGGAUAUUUUAUAUACAGUACUGAAUGAAGAUUAUUCGACAUAUGCAAAUGGUGACCGAUGGCACAUUAUACGCAAUCAGUUCAAGUCUAUAACAAAUUUCGAUUGCUCUUUUCGAUAUAGGAUAUUGUGUAAUACAACGUGCCAAGGUAUCUGUCAAUCCUUUUCCUCAUUUCCUUAUUGGACUGUACACGUUUACCCAUCGUUGCCAUAUGCAACUGAGAUAUUCGUGUUUACAAAACGACCACAUCGAUCAACUGUGAAAAUAUUACCGACGUAUUUUGAGCAAUACGAUGACCGGAAAAUCACCAGUUUAAUAAACAGAGCUUCAGCGAUUUCGAUAAAUUGGACUGAUUAUGAACGUGAAGAUGAUAUACCGACUCUUAGGCUGAGUUGUCCGAACUUUUCACACAUCAAAUCAGUGCUGAUUGGACAUCCACUUCUGUAUUUCGACGACCAGUUAAAAGAAUUUUUACAACAACUUUUUCAUGGGAGCUCGAUUUUGAAGGAAAUCAUUCUUUACAUGUCGAUCGAUGAAUCGGCCAUUGACAAUAUUCUUCAUUUUCUCUAUUGUCUAUCACAACCAAUCAGCAGUGUUACUAAUCUUUCUAUCAGACCAGGAUGCCGAUUAGAUGAGACUAUCAUCACGAUUAUGGCUUAUUAUCUACCAUCAUUAGUUUCGUUCACAUUAAUGGGAAUCGAUGAACUUGAUGAUAUCGCGGAAGUUGUAAAUGCAUGUGUAAAGGAAAUGAAACAUUUGACCUAUCUUGAAUUUCACGUGCCGCAUCCUGGAUCAGUAGAAGGUGGUUCAUUAUUGAAAUUGCGAUUGAUGGAAUGUGAAAUUCACGCAUGGCUAAUGCAAAACACAAGUUUGGGAGAUUUAGUGACGGAAAGAGAAUUUUAUGCAGAAUGCUCCGAAGAUUUAAAGAUUUGGUUAUCAUAA